GAAUUGUCAAUCCCUCAAUUCUCGAAUCUUUUGCGCCAUUUUCUAUUCAGCCAACUUAAUCCUGAUGAUGCACGCGACCCUUCUGAGGUUCCACUCACUCGUUGUCCCAAAUAUGACGAGAAAAUAAAUGUUUUCAACUCUGCGUGUUCGAGGUUCUUUGCCCCGAGCUAUCUAAGCGGUAUCGGAGGCAUGCAUUGUGAGUAUAUAUGCGCAUGUCCAAUAUGGAGAAAUGAGCACCCUCAUUAUGAUUGUGUAUUUGUCAAUACAAACCCGGCUCUUGAUGGAAUGAGGGGUAUGGAUGUUGCACGAGUACUGACUUUUUUUCUUUUACAUACAGGGCUGAAUUCUACCCAUGCACAGUCGUGA